AUGGCAGUAUCGAUUUCCUGGCUGGUAUUCCAGCUUCCACUGGGCAUCUGCUUGACUCUAAUACUGCUCGGACAAAUUCGAUGCCGACCGUGGAGCUCUGCCUUCCCAGAUCCAUCGAGCCAUCCAGCAACGGAACAAGAACAGGAGAGACACAAGGUUCCUGACUUCAUCGAGUCAUGGGAGACGUACAAGAACUAUACCAACCAUCACAGACCUUUUUCAGGUCACGCCAACCGCCGAGCAACCCUUGACGUUCUCCGGUCCCGAGUCCCGGCAUCCCGAGUCCAGGAGGACGACGACCCAGACCAAACCACGAUAUUCACCGAUGGAUACCGAUUAGAGAUCGAUCAGCGAGGGAUCCUGGGCCAUGGGGCCAGUGGCUACGUCUAUCCUGGCAUUCUGUCUUCUCUAAAUCUCAAAGAAAAGCAGGAUGUCGCCAUCAAGGUCUCGCACCGUCCCCAUCUACUGUGGGAGGCUCAGCUAAUGGACCUCAUCCACGGCGAUCACCUGCUCCGCUCCCUGGAGACGGUAACCAUUCCCCAACCAGAGGAUGACAAGGCUGCAGAUGGGCUGGUCUACGCAAUGAUCAUGCCACGCAUGCAGGGAAGUCUGCAUUCGUGGGCGGCCGGAUUGUCGUCGCGCGAGGAGCCAGGGCAGCGGACCCGCUCAGCUAUGCUGCAAAUGUGGGAAGGGCUAGUCCAGCUCCAUGCACAGGGCUUUGCGCAUCGCGAUGUGAAGCUCGCGAAUGUGGUGUAUAGAUGGAAUGAGACGGGGGACAUGCACGUUCUCCUUUCGGACCUGGACCACGCUACCCCCGCCCGAGAGGUGAGAGGCAGUGCGGGAACUUUGGGGUAUUUAUCUCAAGAGAUUUUACUCAACCAAAAACACGAUCCCAUGAGCUCGGAUGUCUUUGCCAUGGCGAUGUCGUUCUUGGGGUUGGUCUCCCGCCGGAUGUCGUCUGAUCGGGACUUUCGCAUGCUGGUGUGGAAGAGUGUAGUUGACGCUGCGAAACAGUCGAAGAUAGAAACCACUCUGCUUCAACUGUUUGGUAACGGUUUAUCCGUGCGACAGGCGGGACUGUUAGCAAAAGCGCUGUGCGAGGAAGAGGGGAAGAACGAUGGCAGGUGGAUGCGGCGUAUCACGGCCAAGGAUUUUCUUGUCUUCAACCAAUAUCACCUUCCAGAUCCCUACACUAGGUACCCAGAAAUGGACAGGGAAAAACAAACCCAUGAUCCAUGCACCACUAACUACGGUUACUGUCUGUGUUGCUUGCAUGGAUCUACGGCGAUUCGGAGCCCAUUGCUGACAUUCAGUAUGGACCCCUUAAGCGCCUUCUCCCUCGCAUGCAACAUUCUUCAAGUCAUUGAGCUUGGUCAGAAAACCCUGACCCUGACCUUGAACUACCGCAAAGCCAGCGCGGGCGAACCCCGCGAGCACGAAGAUCUGCAAGGAGUGCUGCAAUGCCUGAUCAGUUUGAAUGUCGACUUACACGCCUCGAUCCCAAAUUCUACCGACCCAGACAGUCUCACUCCGGCGCUGGCUCGGUUGAAGCAGGCUAACCAAGAGUGCCUUCGUCUGUCGAUCGAGUUCGUAGACUUGCUGAACGAGCUGAAGCUCCGCACCCCACAUGCAUUGCUAGAGUCCAUCCGGGCGAGCAUCAAGACGCUCUGGAAUCGCGACCGCAUGGAAGCCAUGUCUAAGGCUGUGGGUCGGGCUCGGGAGAAUCUCAACACCGCACUGCUCUUCUACCUCAAGUAUGCCCCUGGCCGAUGCUUUACUGUCGUGUCACUAACCACCGUGGCGGGCCAGGAUCAGAUUCUCCAGUCUACGGCUCAGCUAGAGGACAACGUCUUAUCUGCACUGGAGGAACGUUGCGCGCUGAUCCGAGCGGAUGUACGCCAGGUUCUGGAGCAGGUGCAGGCAGCCGGCAUGAACCAAGCGGCAGAAACUCAGCUUCUCGUCUCGCAUCGGCAUCAGCUUGACUACCUUCAACGUCAGAUUCAUGGCAUUCUCGAUCGACAAGAGCAUCUCAGGAACCUGGAUGAGCAAAGGAGACUAGCAGAAACCCACCAACUGUUCUUGGCUAGCAUCCAGUUCCCGCAAAUGCAGGAACGUGCACAACAAAUUCGAACUGCGCACGAAAAGACCUACCGAUGGGUCCUGCAGCCACAACACCCGAGCUCGGUGGUGGCUUGGCUAUCUGCUCCCACGGACACCGAACCGAUUUACUGGAUCUCCGGUAAACCGGGCGCGGGAAAGUCGACCCUAAUGCGCUACCUGGACCAAAAUCUGGAUAACGAGGAGCAUAUGCUUCCCUGGGCAAGUGGGUUCACAGUGAUACGAGCUUCAUAUUACUUCUGGAAUGCAGGGAAUGCGCUGCAGAAGUCCUUCGAAGGACUCGUGCGGUCCUUGCUUGCCCAGAUACUCGAACAGCAGCCUGAGCUCAUAGCUCGCAUCACGACACUUGGACCAAAGUACAAUCCCCGAACUUGGGGCUCGAGUCAUGUGGAAUGGACCCAGUCUGAGCUAAUGAGUCUACUUCAUCUGUGCAUUGGCGCUCUGCAAGACCGCUUCAAAAUCCUCCUUCUUAUCGACGGUCUGGAUGAAUAUGAAGGCACUGACGAGUUGCGACGGGAUGUAAUCCGAAGUCUGACUGGCUUGAACGGAAUGGCGAAUGUGAAGACAUGUCUGUCAAGCCGGCCGUGGAACGUAUUCCGAGAUGCCUUCAACAGCACACCGCAACUGCGAUUAGAGGACCUUACUCAUCAGGAUAUCAGCACAUAUAUCAAGACCGAGCUUACCAAAUCCCCCCGCUUUCGAUAUCUUCACCUUCGCCAGAAAGCCGAGGCAGACAGACUAAUUUUAGCGAUGACUGAAAAGGCUGCUGGAGUCUUCUUAUGGGUCCGGCUCGUGGUGCGCGACCUGCUUGAAGCUCUCCAGGAUGGCGAUAAUAUGGCUGCCCUGUCGCGAAAGCUCAACGGCAUCCCCGCUGACCUGGAUGAAUACUUUAGUAGGAUGAUCGAUUCGAUCCCUCCCCUGCACAGGAGAGAAGCGUCGAAAAUGAUCCAAAUUGCAUUACAUGAGGAGACCGCGUUCACCGCACUCCACCCGCUGCGGAUGCUUGACCUCCUGUUCAUUGACGAACCCGUCCUUGACUUUGCAGACACAAGCCCGCCGAACUAUCCCAUAUUGGAUCUGGCUGAUCGUGAAGGACUUGCCUUUAUGCUGGACUCCACGUACCGUAGGAUCAACAGUCGAUGUAUGGGCCUGCUGGAGUGCGUAUUUGAUCUGGAGUUUUCUGAUUAUUUUGACCUUACCACUCCGGAUCACUUGGAGACCUACGAUGGUCAUCAAUUCAAUUCUGCGCUUUGUACACAGGUUGCGGAGUCGGCAGAGAUAGGACACACAUUUAUGCUAACCAUCAGCUUCAUACAUCGCAGCUGCCGGGACUUCCUUCGAUCGCCUGAGAUUCAGGAAUUACUGCAUCGAAAUACCGGCGGGCCCUUUGACGCAAGGCGGUACCUGGUCAACGCCAGAAUCCAUCAACUUAAAGCCUUGAUGGUUGUUGGAAUCAAUCCGGAAUUGAGUUUUGGCAUCGCUAGUUAUCUGGCGAGCGCACUAGCAGUGCCUGGAUGGAGGGAGUCCGCCCCAGCCAUCAGAGCAGCCCGAGUUCUGGACCCAGUCAUUGAAGCUCUCCUAUCAGCGAGCGAUCCCAACAGUAGCAUGAAUUUCGGCUGGUACAUAGGCAGAGUAGUAGAAAGGUGGGCGGACGAAAGAAGUUGUUUCCUGACUCUCGCCAUCGACUUUGAUAUGCGAGGCUAUGUCAGGGAGUGUCUUGGUCCAGCGCAAGUGCGCAACAAGGCUGGCCGCCCGAUCCUGGACCACGUUCUCAGACCGGAAUUCUACCAGUUUAGUGGUUCAUUGGGUAUUGGGUACUCGUUGGUCAGCCCCGAACUCGUGCGCAUUGUGCUCGAAAACGGGGGCAACCCCAAUGAUUAUUACCGAGGAGGGACCGUCUGGGCACGAUUCCUCGCGUGGACAGCAGGUUGCUUAGUUAAUUAUCUCACCGUUGACGCCGAAGUAGUUCAAGCCCAUGUUGAGUCAAUCGCGCUGCUGCUACAGCACGGUGCGACACUCGUUAUUCCUCAUUCCUGGCUUGCAAGCAGCAGUUCCAGCUGGGCAAAGGUCAUGACCCACCCGGAGUCGGGCCCGCAGGAGGGCGAUCGAUUUCGACGCCAGACAUCGCCUGUCUCAGUCUCCACUCACACGGCUUCCAGCGUGGACCAGCCAUGCUAUGCAGUGGCAGACCUCCUGGAAGCGUUCCGGCCAUGGUUCGGAGGGCAGAUCGACCGGCUGAUUGCUCUCGCGCAACGCUCUGCAGCCGCAUCUGUCCUGGCGCAGGGUAUCACGACUCUGCCUCUUCGGCCUAGGACCGAGCAUCUGCGACCGGGAGUAGAAUCUGUAUAG